CGUUUUUUGUUGUUUUUGGUCCUAAUCAAAUAAAAUACAAUUCCUAAAAUGUCGGAAUAAAUUCACAUUCAGCGAAUGGUUCACUCACAAACAUGUUUUGCAAUCUUUUAUUUCAGAUAAUCUUUCACUUCACAAUGGUUCUUGACAUUGACCAGUUCCGACCUGAGAAGGGAGGAAACCCGGAGAAAAUCCGGGAGAAUCAGAAAAACCGGUUUUGUGACGUCUCUUCUGUCGAUCGUAUUAUCGAUCUUGAUAACCAGUGGCGGGCUGCAAGGCAUGCGGCUGAUAACUGGAACAAGUUGAAGAACAUGGUCUCCAAGGCUAUCGGAGAGAAGAUGAAGAAGAAGGAACCCGUCGGAGAUUCAGAUUCUUUAGAGGAGUCAAUAGUUGCUGGUCUCUCAGAUUUAAGCUUGGAGAUCUGUGGAGGUUUGACGGUUACCCAGAUGAAGAAAAUUAGAAUCUUGAUAGACGAGGCGGUUGAAUCUAACAGUAAGGAUUUGGUUAAGCUAGAGGAGGAGAGGGAUAAUGUGCUCAAGGAAAUGGGAAACUGGCUCCACCCAAGUGUUCCUAUUAGUAAUGACGAGGAUGCAGACAAUAGAACUGAAAGAACUUGGGGAGAUAUUGAGAAGAGAACUAAAUAUAGUCAUGUCGAUCUUAUUCACAUGAUCGGUGGGGCAGAUCUUGAGCGUGGAACAGUUACCAGCGGUGGAAGAGGCUACUAUCUUCAGGGUCCUGCAGUGUUUCUUCAGCAGGGUCUUAUUCAGCUUUCCUUGCAAACUUUGUACAAGAGAGAUUAUACUCCCCUGUACACACCGUUCUUCAUGAAGAAGGAGAUAAUGCAGGAGGUUGCCCAGCUCUCACAGUUUGAUGAUGAACUUUACAAGGUAGUAGGUAGUUCCUCCACAAACACAUCAAUUGCGUCAAACAUUAAGUUCCCUGAUCCAUCCACAUCUGAUGGAUUAGUCCACCUUGACAAAUAUUUGGCCGAUAAAAGCUAUAUUAUCGGUGUCGAACCUUCCCAGGCUGAUGUAGAAAUGUUCCAGAAAAUUUCUGGAAAAUCCGUGAAAAAGUGUGAAAAUAUUUCUCGCUGGUUCAACCAUAUUAAAUCAUUUGUUGGAGAGUUUAAAAGUCUAAAAGAAGUUGGUGUUCCUGGUUCAAGCCCCAACUCUGGAACAAGUUUAGGAAAGGUUGUGGGAAAGGGAAGUGAGAAUAAGGAUGAUAAGAGCGUGGAUGAGAAGUAUUUGAUCGCUACAUCAGAGCAACCUAUUGCUGCAUUCCACAGGGAUGAGUGGAUUAAUGAAAAAGAUCUUCCAAUCAAAUACGCUGGAGUCUCUUCAUGCUUCAGACAAGAGGUUGGAUCUCAUGGUCGAGAUACUAGAGGCAUAUUUCGAGUUCAUCAGUUUGAGAAGGUUGAACAGUUUGUGAUUACAUCCCCCCAUGAUGACUGCAGCUGGAAGAUGAUGGAUGAAAUGAUUGACAAUGCGGAGACUUUCUGCAAGUUGUUGAAUAUCCCGUACAGAAUUGUGUGUAUCGUGUCUGGAGCUUUGAACAAUGCCGCAGCAAAGAAGCUUGAUCUUGAAGCUUGGUUUCCAGGCAGUGGAGCUUUCAGGGAGCUGGUUUCUUGCAGCAACUGCUUGGAUUAUCAGGCUAGAAGACUUAGAGUUCGGUAUGGUCAAACUAAGAAAAUGAACCAGGCGACUGAGUACUGUCAUAUGUUGAAUGCUACAAUGUGUGCUGUGACUAGGGUUAUCUGUGUUCUCUUGGAGAUGAAUCAAACUGAAACAGGCAUUAAAGUUCCUGAAGCCUUGAAGAUGUAUAUGCCGGAAAAGUACAAGGAAGAGAUUCCUUUUGUGAAUGCUGCGCCUAUUGAUGAGGCAGAAAGCAAGAAGGCAAAGAAACAGAAGGAGGGAAUGAAGAAAUAGAAGAUUGUCAAGAUGAACAUGAAGAUGAUUAAGAUCAUCACUUGAAACCGGAGACUCCUUGUGAUUUCAUAUUUCUAGCUUUAACAUCGAACCUAAACCAGUUAAACCAGUUAAUCCAGUUCGAAAAUUUGAGAAAUUAUUUUCAUCACAUUUAUAGAACUAAAGAAAUUCUCCUGGUCGGUUUAUCAUUCUCUAGCACAUUCUUUUUUUCCCACAGCUCAAACUCUCAUUUAGUAAAAUGGUUGCUUAAUGGCUUGGUUUCAGA